AUGAUUGCUAUAAACGGUGUGAGAGGCAAAAAGACUUUAAAAGUCUCUCUUCCUGUGGCAUCGCAUUGUGACAAGAAAGGUGUCGCAAAUCACGCCCGAGAACGACAAAAAGCCUUCAACGCGACAUCUGUAUCAUCGCCAACAAUAAAGCAAGAAGAUGUAGAUGAUGCCCAACGUGACUUGACUUCUCGAAUCCACAGUCUCGUCGACAUCGAAUUCAGUUCCACGGCAAAAAAGACAACCAUCAAGAAGCAGACUACAAAGACUAUUGACAGAGAUCAAAAAGAUCACACGAUCAAGGAGCCCCUCAAAGAAGUGGGACCAUCGCUUCUCCGAGUACGUCAACACCAUUUUCGGUGGUCUGAGCGCCACCAGAGACCGAGUCCAUAUAUCCCAUUGCGGCCAUCCCCUUCACCAAUGACCCAGAAGUCCACCACGAAGGAGGUAAAGGAAAAAGAAAUCGUUCCACUGGUCAACGGAGCUCCCAAAUUCGAGAAUUCACAAUCUCAACACCAAGGAUCACAGACCAGAAUCAUUAGCAUGCUCAUUCCUCACAUGCAGGAUGGAAUACCUAUUUGGGUCUUUUCUGCUGGCCAGCUCAAUGUUCUGCGGCGAAUGGCACAAACACAAAUCACUCUGACACAUGAACAGGUUUGCCGUUCUAACCGGCUUAUCAAAUGGCGAAUUGGGAGCAGCAAAAAUGCUCAAGCGAGAGCACCAGCAACAAUAACGCCUGCUGUCAGUCAAGGCGAACAAAAUCAGGGCUCCACGUCUAUUGUUCUGAGUCAACAAACUGAUUCCCGUGUUGUUGACAGCAGGCUUUCCCCAAUGAAUCCGCUGCUGGCAGGCAGUAAGGGAGAGAAUUCUUCUGAAGUCGCUAAAACCCCUGAUUCCACAAAUUCUAGCCCUGCCUUUUGGCCUGAACUGAAAGACACAGAAAUGUCGAGCACUGAAGUGGUAGCAGUGAACGCCUAUGGAGCAAGCAGAAGCUUCUCAGGGCCCCUCUUUGGUCGGUCUUUGGAGUUCUGGCAACAUCGGGUGGGAUAUCCAUUCCCUCCAUGCAUCUGCAACAUGCUUGCCUAUUUGCAACAGGUUGAACACGCAGCCCACGGAAUCUUUCGACGGGCUGGGGGAAAGUUGAGAGUGCAAGCACUUCGAGAACAAAUAGAAAAAAAUAUUAACUGGAGUUCUUUCGAUGAGUGGCAACCCUAUGACGUGGCUGACCUCCUAAAGCAGUUUUUCCGAGAACUUCCAGAAUGUCUUCUUACAAACGUACUAUCAUCCAAUCUUAUAAAUAUAUUUCAUCAUGCACCGGAGGUCUGCACGAUUGAUCUGCUUAGAUUGGCAAUGAUUAGCUUGCCAGAUGUAAAUCGGAUCGGAUUGCAGAGCCUCCUCCAAUUCUUGUACGCACUCUCUCUUCGAUGCUCCUUAACUCAGAUGAGCGCUCUAAAUUUGGCGAUUUGUCUGGCCCCCUCCCUCUUUCACUUCUCAAGUCUUCUGGUACCAUCUACGGCAGUUUCGCCACUGCUGGCAAACUUUGGGUCUCGACGACGCAAGAAAUUGGACCCAUUAGGUGGUCUUGAACCCAAAGACCUGGCCGAACAAGUGGCAGCUCAAAAAUGCCUUUGUGCUCUCAUUACUUAUGCUCCCAGCAUCUUCAUGGUGACUGAAAGUAUUGUUCUAAAGACGCGACUCGAUACCGAGCGAAUUGAGAUUCCCCGACUAUCUAGCGUUUUGAGCGCUACGAAUGGAGACGCCAACCUCUGGCUCCAACAGCAAGUAGAGACCCUCCUCCGCGACUGUGGCAGCUCCAUCGCACCUGCCCCUUUGGCCACUGCUUCUGCUACCACUGGCGCUAUUGGCACCGCUGGCACAGGUGCAGGUAGUAUAGGCACUGCUGUGAAGUGUGCUGCUGGCAAGCAAUACUGGAGUUCUCUGACAAAAGAGGCUCUUAAGGCCUACAGCACCGAUUCUGGGGAGGGUGAAGCACUGACCGGUUUCGAGAUUUCUAUAAGCAAGCCCACAAAGACGAGCCAACAGCAAUACGCUGCUGAGUCCAUUUCUCCAUUCCUGCGCACUUGGCGCUGCUCUAUUCUCUUCCCCGUAAAGGACCCCCAACUUAUCGCAGACAAGUACUGGAAUGAGAGGGUUUCCUGGGAUGAGAACGUUCUGCGAUCGGAAGUGAUGGAGGAAUUGAUUUUGGAUCGUGUUCAAAUCCACCGAGUCCUCUUCAACGCCUUACCACCUCAACCAGCUCGUGAGUCCCGCCUCCUUCGUGGACGGCAGGUUCUGAUGAGGACGAAGGGUGCGGAGUCGACUGCAGAUGAGUUGGUCACAGGUGUGGCGAUCGUCAGCACUUCGGUGAAUCAUGGAGUUGUGGUACCCGAAGUUCCACAAGAACUCCUCCCUUCAGCCCAUUUCUCCAAGGAGCAUCUACUCAUUGAAAGAAUCACCGCUCACUCGAGACCAUCUUGUCGAGUCACACUUAUUUCAGAGGCUGAUAUAAAAGGCUUCUCUCAGGAAUGGUACACUAACCAAUGGGGUCACUACCUCCUGCGAAGACUUUUGGCUCUGCGACACUGCUUUGUUCAACGCACCGAACCCGUCCAAGAUCUUGACUCUCCUCCUUUUCCCACGGCAGAGGAAUCAGGGUCUUUUGCCUAA